AUGGCAUAUGGCGAAGACGAGAAAUUUGUGGCUGACAUAAGCAGCAUGAUAUCAGUAAUUCCAUAUCGAAUUGCUCUAAUGAUUUCCUCAACGAGCGUGCCGGCGAACAGGCAGGAAUAUUCCCGACAGCCUGCCUCAGCAAACAGUUCCAGAACAAUGGCACCAUUAUCCAGGCACUUGAUGAGCUAUUGUCCAGCUCUAAUCUGCACGCCCAGGCCUUCCGGGCCGGCAAUUCGAUUUGCGCCGCGUCCGAUAGCAAGAUAG